GACGCAUGCGCAGAGGCAGUUUCAGGCAGACGGCUGCAUAACCUCAAUCCUCCUGUUUGUUACCGCGCGACGGAGCGGUUUUGUUUUUAUAUUAGAGUUUCCGAUCGCCCUACAUAACCUGAUUACAUGAAAGCCAAAAUUUGGAAUACUGUGUCACGAUAUCGAGAAGAAGACGACAUCAGGGAAGGAACUGCGCGUCGCUCGCGUGGAUUGGAGCUGUUUGAACCUCUCCAAAUGUUGACAUGGGCAAGAUCACCAACCGCCCCCAAGCUGAUACGAGUAACUUGCCAUCUGACUACAUCUCAAAAGGGUCUCAGGUGCCAAUAGGACCAGUAUCAUCAGGUGUAAAGGAAGAGCACUAUGGCCAGCUGUCUGGUCAGCCAGUGAAUUACGAUCCAGUAUCAUCUUACCGAGAUUUACCCUAUUCGGAACUGAGUGAGCUUGCAAGUGCAUUGUGUGAGCAGUCCCACAGGAUGGAGUCUAAUCUCAGUACACUUGACUGCACUUUGGACACGACGAACCAGCAUGACGAUUCUGUGUCUUCUACUGUACGAGACAUCGCUCAGGAUAGUGGCAGUCUGCUGCACGAGCCCAAUUCGAUGCUGGUGCGCAUGCUCCACAUGACGGUGAAGGAGGAGCAGUCAUGGCUGGGUGCACUGGGGGGCAGCCCUUGCUCUGGCAGCCCUUCAUCCAGUCGUGCCAGUGCCAGCCCCCCACCCCAGUCGCCAUGCAGGGCCCUGGCGGGAGCCUCACCUCUCGCUGUGUCCGAGGAAGCCACGCUGGGGGAUGCCCCACAACCAUCUGAGACACCCUUGGCAUCACGCUCGGGUCCAGAUUUUCACAACCUACAGACUGCUCUGCGCGCAUUGAUCAAAGAGGUGACACAAGCCACUCCCCAGGAGCAACACUGCAGUCCUGCUGGCAUUUGUGGUGUUGCCAAGAGUCUCCUUUCGGCAGACUCUAGUUCGAACCGCUCUACAGGGAUCUUUGCUCCACCUGUAUCAAUGGUGACCAAGGGUGGUAUCGCAAGGAGAGUAAACCAGGUUGCCAAGCGGCCCACCCUGUACAUGACCUUCCCUAGUCGGAGCCGUCGGGGAGAUGUAGAGUUGAAGAUACUUUCUCAGCCUGAAGAACAGCACCGGGCUCGUUACCUCACGGAGGGCAGCCGUGGAGCUGUGAAGGAUCGCACGGGCAUGGGCUUCCCUACUGUCAAGCUGACUGGACUACAGGAGCAAGUGAAGUUACAAGUGUUCAUUGGCACAGACCAAGGCAAAGUGCAGCCACAUAUGUUUUAUCAGGCCAGCAGGGUAUGUGGCAAGAACUCUACGCCAUGCCAAGAGCGUCGUCUCGAUGGUACAACAGUUCUGGAAAUAGACAUGUUGCCAUCAAAAGACAUGACUGUUAGCUGUGACUGUGUAGGAAUCUUGAAGGAACGCAAUGUUGAUGUGGAGAAGCGCUUGGUUCGUUAUGGCGGUACACGCAACAAGAAACGCAGCACAAAGUGUCGCCUAGUGUUCCGUGUUGUGCUGCCUGCACAGCGAGGACAGGACACUGGGGGCCUACCUUCAGAGAUUCUGCAAGUUGCUUCAGCUCCCAUUUUGUGCACCCAGCCUCCUGGUAUCCCUGAAAUAUCAAAGAAGUCGUUGUCUGAGUGUUCAAUCAAGGGAGAUGUGGAGUUGUUCAUUAUUGGAAAAAAUUUUCUCAAAGAUACAAAAGUGUUGUUCAAGGAGCCUGCUUCUGAUAAUUUGGGAGACUGUGAGCCAAACUACGUAUGGGAAAAGUGUGUUGUUCCAGAAAAGGAAUAUUUGCAGCCGACUCAUCUGAUUUGCCGAGUGCCCGCCUACAGAAACCAGGAUGUGGGGCACCUCGUGGUGGUGCAUUUGGUGGUGACCAGUGGAGGAAGGGCCAGUGAGCCCCACCCGUUCACCUAUAUGCCCCUGGCAGGCGGAGGCCAAAUAUCUGCUGGACCAUUGAGUGCUACAAAGGCAAAACCAAAUGCUAAUGCUGCAACUGCGUCAGGCCUGGAAUUGAAGCCACAGCCUUUUGGAAGUUCACAGGGAGCACAGCUUCCGACCAUAAUUCAAAUUCCACUACUGGCGGGGACGUCUCCACGGGCACAACGUCACCCGGUUCAAACACUUGUCAUCCCAACUACAACUAUCGCCUUGUCACCUGCAUCAGCUUCUGUCCCAGAGUCUCAGCCCAAGCCAGGAAACUGCAGUGGAGCAGCAGCUGCAGCACCUAACAACAUCCAGUUUGUAGUGGUGCAGCAGCCAGCACAGCCAACACAGCCACAGACACAACAGCAGCAACAGCAGCCACAGCAACAGCAGUCGCAGCAGCAGCAGCCAGCAGCACCUGCCACAUUGAGCCUCGUAGUUUCAUCAGCUCCUCAGCAGACACUGCUCAAAGCUGUAGCUGAAGACACAAGCCCUGCUGAGUCAUGUCACCUGAAGCGCAAGAUCUCUCAUGCUCCUGAAGGUGCCCCAGACAAGUGUGCUGCAAACUAUGAAUUGCCCGGAGAGGAACCCUUGAAGGCCUCAGAUGAGCAGCAGCUGGGAAGCCUCGGUCUGUUCUACUCAGACCAGAGCAUGCUACCUCCUUGCAGUGUAGAGCAGCUCAUGGGAGUGACAACAGAGACGGGCACACCUGCUCACACAGUCGCUGCCUCAGCCACCUUUGAGUGUGAGAACCAAUGGAGUGCUCUGACUACAGCCCACCAAAACCAAACUGAGAACGCUGCCAAGCCGCUGUGGGGACAGAUCAACUGCGAGUCAGCGUCAACAGAGCCAGACCUUGAAGGGCGGCCUCCCGAGAUGCAGCCCUUGGACAACACUACAUCGUCCUUUACAGAUGAACAGCAGUUCAAGAAACAGAAGGUGAAGGAUGCUCCAGUGCUGUCUUUGUCAAGUUGGCCUGCCAGUAGCCUGGAGCAGCAGGUCCAGAGCAUGGACUUCACCUGCACAGGAGUCAAGACAGAGGUCACCUCCAGCUGGCCAGACUCACUGAAUGGUAUGCUGACCCAGUCUGAGCCCAAGGUGCCCGUAGUGUUUGGUGACAAAGUGAUCAUGGACCCAGGCCCAGUGGGUGUUAACACAGCACGAAGUGCUCAGUUUUCAGUGACUGGUACUUUUGAUAGCAACCCUCAGUGCCAGGACAGUAUGGCGGCUGCUGGUGCAUUUGGCAUGACUUCUUUUGAGGCAGCAGCACAGCCAGUCAGCCAGCCGCAAACGCUUGUUGUGGAGCCUAGCUUGGGUGUGUCCAGGGAUCAAACUCCUCAAUCGGCUCAGCAAGCACAAACCCAAGCUCAAGGGCCAAACAUGGACCACAUCUCGGCAAUGUCGAUGCUUCCAGAGUCGGAGCUGCUGCGCAUGAUCAACCCCAAUGCAUUUGACAAUGUCUGAAGAACAUCUGACUCAACAAUGGAGGCACUUGGACACUGUCAGCUUGUAGCAUUUUGCCUCAUCUCACUGUCUUCUGAACAUCACUUCGUUUGUAACCCUGCAGAGCUUGCAUGAAGGUGCAGGGCUGUUCAGCAGUUCUACUUAGGUGCAUGAUGGUAUGUAGUCUGGUACAUAGACACAGUGCACUGCUUAUGAGAGGCGGAGGUAUACUGCCACCUUUGUAAGGUGAACAUUGCAGUUAGAAUAUGGUUACAAUCAAUAUUCAGAGCUGCAGGAAGUGUGACAGCCUCACCUGUCUAGCAUCGGAAUGUCUUGGUUCUUGCCAUCUAGAGUGCUAACAGGACACAAGCAUAACAAAUCAAGUUCUUGUGAAAUCAGUUUCUUACAUUUCUUAUAUGUGUGUUUUUUGUUCAUGAGAAUUGCAGUCACACAGUGUGCUGUGUUUGCAACAUAUCUUCACAACAGACAUACAUGUUUUUAACAUUGUGGGUCAUUUCAGUAUAAACACAGCCAAAAGUGGGCACAGCUGAAACAAGGUGGGCUACAUGGCUCACCUGGUCCAUUGUAAAUUAUUGCCGUUUUUGACAUAGCUUUCUGCAAUUUUGGAGUCACUGGUACGUGCCUCGUGCCAAUCUCACAAGACAAUGUCAGCUCCUGAGUUGACAGUAGCCCUGUUGUUCCCAGCCAAUAGCACUGGCUGCGGGGUAGCGCAGUUGUGUCACACAAAGCAAAAAUUGUGCUCUUUCGCAGUUUAGUUGUGUGUGGUGUUCGCGUUUUGAGCUUGUGCAGCUAGCAGUGAUACACCAAUAGUCGAAAGUGCGAGUUGUUACCACAAUGUCUGCUCUUCAGUCCCCUGAUAUAAUAGGUAAAUGAGUUUUUGCUGCAUGGUCCUGCAUAUUUACUGCAGUUUGUGUUUGUCAUGCCCUGUUGUGAAAAUGUGUGUAGUACUGUUAUGAUCCGUAUAGUAUAUAUACAUAUAUGUAUGCAUGCACAUACAUAACACAUAUAUAAAUGUGGCAUGCAUGAGUGGACUGGCGCAUUAUUCUCGUACAAAAUGCUGAGGGCUGACAGAGAGCGUACAAACCGCAUUUUUUAAUCUGACGCGGCACAUUUCUAACAGUUUAUACAGCAGUGUUAAAUUCUGGUUUGUAACAUACAAACCUAGUUACUAGAUACUAUGUAAUGUUCUUAUUACUGCCUGCUUUGCAGGCUCUCUCUGUUAGGUGUGUGCCAGCUUAGUCACUUAGGGAGAAAAAUGCUGUGUUGGUGUGCCCUUCACUGAAAUUUUUCUGCCACCAGGCUCACUUUGUUAGCUUUUUAAAAUGAAGCAUUGUUAUUUAUCUCUCGGACACCUCAAAGUUAAGGAAUGACAUGGUGUGUGCUAAUUUUGUUGCCACUCCUUAAUUUCUGUGUGUGUUUAAACCGCAGGUUUUCUUUCUGAUCUGCUGCACUUUGCUCAAGGGCAGUUAUCCUGAUAUCUUCCGUUGUAGGGAGCUUAUUUGCCACUUGUCUCAUUUUCAGGAGACUUGCCGUUGCCCCAUGUGACAUGCACCAAGCUUCAUGAUAAGUACAACUGUUCAUUUUAUGUGGGUGAAAGCAGAUAGAUGUGUCACUCUUCGCUUUUUUGCCCCAUGGUGCUUUAGUACCUUUGGAAUUGUAACUUAGGUAAUGGUUACUUAUUCUUUAUUGAGAUUAACUGGCUCUCUCACUGGUGCUGUUAUAAGCUUAGUAGAAACAGCUGUGGAAAGAAUAAUUAUGCCUAUGGUAUGCAUACUAACCACACUGAAGUUCCAUUUACAAAUCUUUUAUGCUUUCACACAUUUGAAAAUGAACUAUUUAUUUUUGGAAAGUGGAUAUUGAUCCAUGUCACAUGGGGCGUCCAGUGUGUGUGUUUUGAAGUGUUGUCAUAUUAAUUUGCAUGACAAAGUAACCAAUGGAUUCGCAGUUUAUAGAUUGUGCAGUGCUGUUAUAUAGUGCAAAAACAAGAUACAUCAUUAGCUUCUAGAGUGUGCAAGUUUCAUGUGUGACAGAUUUGUUUUACAUAUGCCUGCAUUUGAACUUUAGCAACCCCUGAAGAAGAAAUAUAAUUGGUAAUAAGCAUUCAGUACAUUUUUAUGUAAUAUAAUGAUUGCACAGAAAACAUUGAUUCUCAAAUCAAAUGAAGCUUCCAUCACAUAUGGAACUUUCUGAUAGCUUGGUACUGUACAACUGAUGUAUUGUUUGCUAAGUACAGACCUGUAUUCAGCUAUCUUAUGUGUAAUGUGGUGAGGCAUACAUGACCCACAAAAGAACCAUUCAUUGUAUAACUAGUGAAGCACCUUUGGUGCUGUCAUAAUGGUUACUGUUAAUAGCUGGAUCAAUUUACCAGUUACUUUUCUGAAAAGGAAACAAACAAUAAUUUUUCAGAAAUUAAGUAAAGGUGGUAAAUUUUACUUUUCUGUUAAAUUUAUACUGUAUGCAAAACAAUGCUGACCAGGUUGUAAGUUUUUAAAACUAAUCAUAAACAUGCUGUCUUAUAUAUUCCCAUGGGUCUAAAUGCUUUGACAUGUGCAGCCACAAUUGUUUGUCAGCUGGCAGCUGUGUCAUAGGUCCAAUGGAUAUAACCUGGUGUACACUUUGGCAACUGCCAGACAUUUAUCAGCGUUGUUGUUGCUGUACUUGCAUUCGGAAGCAUUGUGUAUGAUGUCACUUGUGCAAUAAUCUGUACUGUAUAUAUAAAAUGGUUAAGUGAACAUGCGUACGAGUCCUUUCUAGUUCUCUUUUUUUCUAGCUAACGUGCAAGAUGACGUGCGGCGCAACAUGUGAACAUGCAUGUUUUUGUUAUUGCCUUGCAUGUUACUCUCUACUUUCAUUAAACCAGCUGGUGUUGCUCGCUCAAACCACACUUCA